AGGGCCUUUUGAAUUUAUCUCAAUUGACUGAUUUCCUUAUAUGAACUGUAACUCAGUAAAAUCUUUGAAAUGGUUGCGUUUAUAUUUUUGUUCAGUAUAGCAGAAGCUACUAUGCCUUGCAGGAAGUAGACUGGUUGCCAGGCAAGUUCCACUCGCAAAGGAAAACUAGCUUGAAGGAGAGUAUGAUCCACUGUUGAGGACUAAACUCCACGGUGAAGGAAGUUUAGUCCGCUGCGGAGAAAACGACGCAGAAGAGAAAAUUCAGCGAGCUUUCAGCAAUUAUUUAAAAGCAACUUUCAUGUAAAGAAAGAAGCUUAUAUCCUGCAUCAAAAAUGUCAGUCGCAGGCUUCAAGAAACAAUUUUACAAAGCAAGCCAGAAAAUCAUGCAGAACAAGCAGUAUGGCUGGUGGCAUUGUCAUGCUGGAGAGUCAUGUCAGGAUGAGCCUGCAGGAAGGCUACCACAUGAGGGAGGAGGAUGUCUUUCCUGUAACGCACAACGUUGAGAUUGCCUGCAAUGACAACAAGCUCAGAUGGUCAGUGAGAAGGUCGGAGGUGCAGAGGGAACCAAGCUGGAUGAAGACUUCAAAGAUCUGGAGAAGAGGGCAGAUGUGACCAGUAAAGCGGUGGUGGAUGUCAUCUCUAAAACAUCAGAGUACCUGCAGCCCAACCCAGCGUCCAGGGCCAAGCUGACCAUGCUGAACACGGUGUCUAAGAUGCGGGGCCAGGUGAAGAGCCCUGGCUAUCCCCAGGCUGAGGGGCUGCUGGGGGAGAGCAUGGCCAAGUUCGGACGAGAGAUGGGAGAGGACACCAACUUUGGUGGUGCCCUGGUGGACGUGGGCGAGUCAAUGAAGAGACUUGCUGAGGUCAAAGAUUCCCUGGACAUCGAUGUCAAACAGAACUUUAUCGAUCCACUGCAGGCCGUCGUCGACAAGGACAUCAAAGACAUCCAGCACCAUCUGAAGAAGUUGGAAGGCAGGCGUCUGGACUACGAUUAUAAGAAGAAACGCCAGGGGAAGAUCCCAGACGAGGAGCUGAGAUCAGCCCUGGAGAAGUUCCACGAGUCCAAAGAGAUGGCAGAGAGCUCCAUGCACAACCUCCUGGAGACUGAUGUAGAGCAGGUGAGUCAGAUGGCUUCUCUGGUCGAGUCACAACUGCAGUAUCACAAACAGGCUGUGCAGAUUCUGGAGGAGCUGACUGACAAACUCCGAGACAGAGUGAACGAGGCCCAGUCUCGCCCCAGGCGUGAGUACACUCCUAAACCCAAAGCCUCCUUUGACUACGAAGAGCAGGAGCAUUCAAAUGGAGAGUACUCCCCCUCUGCCAACCCCCCUUCAUACUCCUCAGACGUCACGUCCUUCCACAGAACACGGCCCAUGAAGAACAGUCAACACUCCUCUGAGCCGUGCGCUAAGGCCCUUUAUGACUUCGAGCCAGAGAAUGAGGGUGAGCUGGGCUUCUGCGAGGGCGACAUCAUCAUGCUGACCAACCGCAUCGACGAGAACUGGUUGGAGGGCACUAUCCGCGGCCAAUCAGGAUUCUUCCCCAACAACUAUGUGGAAGUGGUAGUGCCCCUGUAACACUGACAGAACAAGAGGAGGGAUGAGGAGCGGGAGGGAGGGGGAAGGGAGAGAUGAGGGAGGGGGAAGGGAGAGAUGGGGGGGGGCUGAUGGGGGGCAUCUCAAAAGUCUAAAAUGACUUCCUCCUGUUGAUGAUCACUGAUCUAAAUAAAGCAGGACAAGGAAAUAUCGGUGUAAGAAAAUAAAAUGAGAGAGGUCACCUUAGAUUGAGAUUCACCUAAAGAUGGAUGGAUAGAAAAAGUGGGAGGAAGAUGUUGAUGGAGAGAAAGGUUAGCACAAGGAAUGUGUAUCUUUGUUUUCAUUCUCUGUACACUACACCUCUCUUACUGGGACAUAUGGAGAUGGGGUUACUAGAGGAGAUGUUUGUCAUUAUGGGUGACCUGUACCCAUGAACACUACCAGAGGUGUGCUUUAAGCAGACCUAGAAAAAAACCUGCAACAAAAUUGCCUUGAAAUUGUUACCUUUAAUCACCUAUUUACUUUAUAGCCCCUUGAUUCUAGGGAAAAUGGUUAAAUAUGUUUUGUUCUUGCACAAUUGGGAAUCUUUGCAUGAAAAUCUGGUUAAUUUUAAUGCACACUCUUUUUCUUAUAUAAAAACACAAAAUCCA